ACUCAGGCAGGCGGGCGGAACUCCCGCGCUAUCCAGCCACCUGGUCUCGGUCUCGCCUCGCCUGGUCUUUACCCUCGGCAUGGAGGGGGUCCCUGUGAUAACGGCAGGCACCGCGGGCGCUGCCAAGGCCGAGGGAGCCGCAGCCAUGCCGCCCCCGCCUCCCGUCUCCCCGCCUGCCCUUACCCCGGCGCCCGCAGCGGGUGAGGAGGGCCAGCCGCCACUGCCCGAGGCGGGGGCUCCCGGCUGCUCGGGCUCCCGGCCCCCUGAGCUGGAGCCGGAGCGCAGCCUGGGCCGCUUGAGGGGCCGCUUCGAGGACGAGGACGAGGAGUUGGAAGAGGAUGAGGACCUGGAGGAGGAAGAAGAAGAGGAAGAGGAGGAAGAGAUGAGCCACUUCUCGCUGAGGCUGGAGGGGGGCCGGCCGGACUCCGAGGACGAGGAGGAGCGCCUGAUAAAUCUCUCUGAGCUGACCCCAUACAUCUUGUGUUCCAUUUGCAAAGGUUACUUAAUAGAUGCAACUACCAUUACAGAAUGUCUUCAUACAUUUUGUAAAAGCUGCAUUGUAAGACACUUUUACUAUAGCAACAGGUGUCCAAAAUGCAACAUAGUAGUACAUCAGACACAACCUCUUUACAACAUAAGGUUGGACCGACAGUUACAAGACAUAGUGUACAAAUUAGUGAUCAAUCUAGAGGAAAGAGAAAAAAAGCAAAUGCAUGAUUUCUAUAAAGAAAGAGGUCUAGAAGUACCUAAACCUGCUGUUCCACAGCCAGUCCCUUCGAGCAAAGGAAGAUCUAAGAAAGUCUUAGAAUCAGUGUUUCGUAUUCCACCUGAACUUGACAUGUCUUUAUUACUAGAGUUUAUUGGUGCUAAUGAAGGCACGGGACAUUUUAAGUUAGCCUGCCCCAACUUGUUACUUCAGUCAUUUACUGAAACUUUAAAGCCAUUGGAAAAGAAGUUUGUCCGAGUUUCAGGAGAAGCAACUAUUGGACAUGUAGAAAAAUUCCUCAGAAGAAAAAUGGGUCUUGAUCCAGCUUGUCAGGUAGAUAUCAUCUGUGGUGAUCACUUGUUAGAGCGGUAUCAAACUCUAAGGGAAAUUCGACGUGCAAUAGGUGAUGCAGCAAUGCAGGAUGGUCUGCUGGUCCUUCAUUAUGGACUUGUGGUUUCUCCUUUGAAAAUUACUUGAAGAUUCUAAGGGUAUUAUGAGGAGGGAAACAAAAUAAGGAGACUUCUGCAGGAUUGCAUCUCACCAAAGAUUUCCACGAAAUGUGUAAUUGCUAUCACUUUGUGCUGUUCGAGACAUAACUUAUCUAUUUUCAGCACCAAGAAUCAUAGGAUUUAUAAUUACAACUUGGUAUUAUAGAAUGCAUCUGUUUUACUAGAGACUAUAUAUAAAAAGCAUCCACAGCUCAGGGGGAAAUUUUUAAAGCAGUGAAUUUUUAUGAUUUCAAAUACUUUGACAUUGAUUUUGUUUCCUAAUCUUUGAGGUAAAUCAGUUACUGUUUUUGUUUUUGUCUUCACUGAGCCAUACCCCUUUCAAGUUGGUGGUUAGGAUUCUGCUCUCCUGAAAUGGCAUCAGUUGGGCAGUCAUCCUUUGGAAAAGAAGUGUGCUUUUGAACUGAAGAUUUAAAGCCAGUCUUUGUUAAGUUACAGAAUGUACCUCUUAUACAAAGACCAAAACUAUGGGCCACUUUUGUAUGUUGCCAUCUUAUUUCGAACUUGUAGCUGUUUUUUUUUUCAACCAGCAACACUACUAAAGAGAUAUUAUUCACUUCUAAAAGGGAUGGAUUAUAAUUUUUCUGUGUGAAGAGACUGUCUCCUGUAGGGUUUACGGCCCGUACCAUAAGCCUUCAGUGUAAUAAAGACUCCUUUAACAUACCUUACAACAAGGGGCGCCUCUUUGCAACAGUAUUUUUAUUUUUUGAAUGUUAGUUUGAUUAACAUUCAUUUUGAGUACGUAAUGUGAUUGUCAAUACCUUGUAAUGGCACUGCUUUUGAAAGUAAUUUAAAAAUUUGAGUGAAUUUGAGAAGUUUACAGAAACUUGUUCAUUGUUUCCUCAGUAAGUCAGUUUAAUGUUCAUUUUCUCAUUACUUUGUCACUGGGAUAAAGAAUACGGGUGUUUGAGAGCUCACUCACUUACAUGCAAAGAUUUCAGUUUUAAAGACUAUUUUGCCUAAAAUUAUCAUUGUGAUGCUUUCUAAAAGAAAUAUUUUGUAGACCUUAUUUCACUGCAAAAUUUCCAAGUCUGCAUAAAAACAAUUACAAUUGGAGAAAGAUUGGCAAUGUUUUAUAAAGAAUUUGUGAAUUGUGUAUAAAUCUCUUCUAACAUUUAAUACAAUUUUUUUAAUAAAAAUUUAUUUUAACCUA